GGGGCGGACGGGGCGUGUUUCCGGCCAGCUCAGCAGCCGUCUUCCGCUCCGCCGCGACCAUCGCCGGUAGCAGCGGAGAGGCCGCGCCGCGCCCCGCCAACAGCAGGGCCCUACUCGGGAGCGCCGAGACGGCUGCCAAGAGGAACGGGAAGAAGCCGGAGAAGCGCCGCCGCCAUGCUGAGCGUGUUCCGCUCCAUCCCCACGCAGAUGGACUACAAGGGCCAAAAAUUAGCAGAACAGAUUUUUCAAGGAAUCAUUCUUGUCUCUGCAGUAAUUGGUUUCAUCUAUGGAUACAUCACUGAACAGUUUGGAUGGACUGUCUACAUAGUUAUGGCUGGAUUUGCUUUAUCAUGUUUGCUGACGCUGCCCCCGUGGCCCAUGUACCGCCGCAAUCCCCUCAAGUGGCUGCCGGUCCAGGAGUCGGGCACGGAAGAGAAGAAGGCAGCAGACAGGAAACCAAAGAGACAUUCCAAAACCUAAAAAUGAUGGUGUCCAGGCUGUUACUUUGUUAAGUUUUGUUAAAUUAAUUUUCAUUGAGAAAUA